AUGGAUGUCCCUGAGCCUGAUCAGUCGCCGUUCAUGGCCGUCUCCGCGCAGACCUCGAAAUUGACACGGCGCUACCAAGCCUUACUCGAUGCCUCGACCCCGUACACAACCUACCGCUGGGUAGGCUCCGGCGCUCUUCUUUUCCUCUUCUUCCUGCGCAUCAUCUUUGCGCAGGGCUGGUAUAUCGUCGCCUAUACACUCGGAAUCUACCUCCUGAACCUCUUCCUCGCUUUCCUGACUCCUAAAUUCGACCCCUCUCUCACCCAGGACGAGGGCCUUGAGGACGGUGACGCCGGCUCCCCUAGCCUCCCUACCAAGAAGGACGAGGAGUUCCGGCCUUUCAUCCGCCGUCUGCCAGAGUUCAAGUUCUGGCACUCGGCCACCCGUGCCAUCGCCAUUGGUUUCGUCUGCUCCUGGCUCGCCGUUUUCGAUAUCCCGGUCUUCUGGCCCGUGCUGGUUGUUUACUGGAUCAUCCUUUUUGUUUUGACGAUGCGACGACAAAUCCAGCACAUGAUUAAGUACCGCUACGUGCCUUUCUCAUUCGGAAAGGCGCGGUACGGCCGUUCAUGA